UCUGGAAGUUGGACUACGUCAACAGGAGAGUGGAAACCGUCCCAGCCCUCAGAGGAGCUGAGCAGAGGCGGCGCGCUGCGGUCGCUCCGAAACAUCCCCAAAUGUAGACAGAUGGAAAAGAGUUUGUGCGUCUUUGAGCCUUUUUCCUGCACGUGGACAUGUUUGAUCCGCGCGUAAAGACGCACUGAAAGCGGACUAAAAAGCAGCUUUGACGCGUUUUCUUGACCAUCAAGAGCAGUAGCAGAACAUGUUGGCAAGAAAAAGCAUCAUCCCGGAGGAGUUCGGUUUGCCGGGGCUCGCCUCCCGCAUGCCCCGCAAGCCGGUGUUCAGGGACCGCGUGAAUAAAGCGCGCUUCAUUGCCAAAAACGGCUCGUGCAACUUGGCGCACAAAAACAUCCGCGAGCAGGGCAGAUUCCUGCAGGACGUCUUCACCACGCUGGUCGACCUUAAAUGGCGCUUUACUCUGGUCAUCUUCACCACGACGUUUGUCAGCAGUUGGCUGCUGUUUGCCAUGAGCUGGUGGCUGGUGGCUUUUGCGCAUGGAGACCUGGACCCGGAGCGGCAGAACGGGACCCACUGCGUCACCGACGUCAAGUCGUUCACUUCAGCCUUCCUGUUCUCCAUCGAGGUUCAGGUGACCAUCGGCUUUGGAGGACGUAUGAUAACGGAGCAGUGUCCGACUGCAAUCACCGUCCUCAUCAUGCAGAACAUAGUGGGGCUCAUCAUCAACGCUGUCAUGCUGGGUUGCAUCUUCAUGAAGACGGCUCAGUCAAACCGUCGAGCGGAGACUCUGAUCUUCAGCCGUUACGCUGUGAUCGCGGUCAGAAACAACCGCCUGUGUUUCAUGAUUCGUAUCGGGGAUCUGAGGAAGAGCAUGAUCAUAGGAGCGACCGUCAGGUUACAGGUGGUGAGGAAGACGACCACACCAGAGGGGGAGGUGAUCCCCAUCCAUCAGAUCGACGUUCAGACGGAGACCGCUGUGGCCAGCAACAGCCUGUUCCUCCUCGCCCCGCUCAUCAUCUGCCACAUCAUCGACAAAGACAGCCCGCUGUACGACCUGUCAGCCAUGGAGCUGCAGUGCAGCGACCUGGAGGUGAUCGUCAUCCUGGAGGGGGUCGUGGAGACGACAGGGAUCACCACACAGGCCCGGACCUCCUACGUCUCAGAGGAGAUCAAGUGGGGUCACCGCUUUGUUCCUAUAGUAACGGAGGAGGAGGGCGUGUACUCUGUGGACUACUCCAAGUUUGGUAACCUAGUCAAGGUAGCGACGCCGCCCUGCAGCGCCAGAGAACUGGACGAGAAGCCGUCCAUCUUAAUCCAGACUCUCCAGAAGAGCGAGCUGUCACACCAGAACUCGCUGAGGAAGCGUAACUCCAUGCGACGCAACAACUCCAUGCGUAAAGUCGCAGGAACCACCGGAAACCUGCGCAGGAACAACUCGGGGCUCGCACCACCUAAAGUCCAGUUCUUCACCCCGACCGAGGGAAGCCAGACCCUGAACGCCGUCACCUGACAUGAGGCCUGCCUUCUACUGGCUGCUCUGCUCCUCCUGGUGGGAAGGAGGAUUGUGGGUGUUAGUGUGUCUCUUGCUCUGAUGGGACACAUUGUUUUCCUGUUCCCUGCCUUUUCUAGACUUGUUUCCUACCACUUUUAAUGUUAAUGUUACUCCAUGUUUGUUUACGUACUUGGAGUAAUCUAGUUCUUAUUAGAAAUAACUGUUCAAAUAGUUGACGUCUUGCAGUUCAGCCGCACUGUAAACCUCUUCAGAAAAUAUUUCUCCGCACUGAUACAACCACCACAAACCAAAAGUAAAGCAUUGUUUCUGUUCAUUAUCAUUAAAGCAAACAUGGGGCCUUUAUAGCCAUUUUACAGUUUUGGGGAGAUAAAUUUUCUUAACGAUUAAAGUCACAGUUUAACUACUAGUAGUGGUAACUAGUGACAUCCAAUCACUGUACUGUACAUGUGUAUUUUUCACUUUAUUUUGUCAUUUUCUGUUGUUUGAGAAUAAAUGCACUCAUUUCAUCUGAA